AUGUGGUAUUUUAUUGAACCACCUCUUACCUCGGCCGAACGGGCUAUUGUGAAGACCUAUGGGAGCUGGGCCAACUUUAUGUUCUUGUUUGGGCUUGAGCCAUGGGAUAACGACGACGUACAAGAAGGAAAGAGAAUCCUCGAGGCAUUUGCUGCAGACGACGACGAGUGA